GCUGUUCUCGGCACGGGACCCACUGCCCCAGAGAAGAUAAUGGACUGAUCCAGACUUUAAACGAACUGUUAAAUUUGCUUAUGUUUUCCUCCCUUGCUAUUCAAGGCUAUGGAAAACUUGGCGAGGCUUUCCAGCUUGGCGUCUGCCAAGAGCCACCCGUGAGGAACUUUUCCCAGGAGUGCCUCCAUCAGGCCAGUAGGGUCUUUACGGAAGUCACGUGCUAUGUUUUUUACAUCCCCGUUUUCCGGAAUUCGAGACCAAUGAAACAACAGGUAAACGGAUACGUCCAAGAACCGAUGGCUACCCCUGUCCAGCAGCAACAAACCGGAGGUGAACAACAACAAGAUGUCCUGGUCCAAGAAGAUCACCAGCAGAUCAAUAGCACGGCACACGUAGGAAACAGCGAUGCACAAGAAUUCAGCCUUGCUAUCAAACCGAAAGGACCUCCGCUAUUCAAACUCAGCGCCUUAUACAAAAGCCGUCUAAAGACAUGCAUCUUCCUGCACUUCCUCUUGUUUUUCGUCAUGUUAGCCAAGCUAUCCGAAGACGUCCUCGACAGAAUGGACAUUUUCAUUUUGGAAUUGGAAGAGCUCUUCAUCCCUAAGCCGCUUCCCUUCGAAUACCUGUGGACGGCGAGCAUCAUCUUUGCCAUCCUAGGCCUGAGGGCCUUGUCUCGCAACAGACUAUCCUCCUUGAGGAACUACGCAGCAGGCACCUUCGUUGUCGGCAUCUGUCCAUUGCUCUGUGCCGCCGUAUGGUUUUACCCUGAUGUCGCAGAAUAUGCCGAGAAAAAGCAAGAGGCCCAGGUGGAAAAAUGGCAAGGAAUACCCGUUGGAGUGUUGUGGUACUUCUUCAUUACAGUAGCUCUUCAAGUGCAUUUCUAUUCUAUUUUUUUCGCAUUCAAAUUGAUCAAGAUAUGGCGGGUCAAACUUAAAAGAGUUUGAUUACAUACACGUACUACACUCUCAGACACAGUUGGCGACUUUUAAUAAGGUGAUUUUUUUGUCUGUUCAGAUCUGCCCAUUCUCUUGACGUAAAAGCUGAUCUGUAAGAAAUGAAGCUUAGGGAGAUGGCCAAGUUGUGUUGUAAUUUAUGACCUUACCUUCCUUGUGAUAAACCUAAAAUCUAUGAUGCUCCUGAAGUUCCAAAAGAAUUAAGAUGUUCCCUGAAUACACCAUCCAUCUUUGUCCCCGAAGAUUGUAUCCGAUAUUAUAUGAUGAAUGCGUCCAAAUACAAAAGAAGAAUUCGACAGUGGGAAAUCUUACGGAAACUUGGAUUUUUGAUGCACAUAUUUUGAUGAAAUUUCGUUGGGCGUAUUAGGCAUUGUUUUUAUUCUCUUUCAAUAUGUUUUUACAAAUCAAAACAUAAACUUAGCAAUCACUAUUUAUAAAAAACAAAGAGAUAAUAAAGAAUUUCACAUAUUUCCAUUUGAUACUGUUACUUAAAUUUUCAGCAAGUUCCGAUAUUUACUUUAUAUUUAAAUUUUCAGCUAUAUUUGAAAUGGUCCCUUUUUAUUUAAAAUUAUUUAUUUUAAUAUAGAUAGAGUUAUUACACGUGACCGUUUUUUUAAAAGAGGCCUAUCAAACGAACGAUUUCGAUUCCGAUUCGAUUGAUUAAUCGAGUAAUCCGAUUUAUUGGACAUUUUUUUGCUACUCCUUCCAUUCAAAUGAGCUUCAAGAUCAGGGGAAGAGAUUCUAAGCACCAGCUUAGAACUAAAAGCAGACGAUAAUAUCUGCGAGCUGUCGUUGAAUGAAAAUAUGUUGUGUGAAUAAUUUUUGUUUGUCCGUAGUUAAACUUACAUCAAGCUUCGUUUAUUCGAGGUCGUUUGGAUUAGAAUCAUUGUCAAAAACUUAUUAUUUUAUUUAGACAACCAUUAAAAUGCUCUGUUUUAAAUAAGGGGCACUUAUCUAACGUCAUUGUCAAACUUUCUCAGAUAGAUAUUAUGCCAAAGAGCUUUCAAUUAAUUUAUUAACAAUUUUAUCCGAUGUGAAAGGCAUUAUUAGACUCGUAUAAUGAUGAGUUAAAGACGAAGUGUCUCUUUUCAUUUUUAGAAUAUUAAGUUUCUUAGAAUAUAAUGAGUUGAUUGGAAAUUACUUCUUAUUUAUAAUCGUUAUAAACCAUUUGUCAAAAUGUAAUUCAUAGCUUUGUUAUUUUUUUCAUUUGUGAACAAUGUUUUGAAAUAUAUUUGUGAACAAUAUUCACUCAUUGCUGUUGCAGAAAAAAAGCUCUUGAGAUUUUGAUAGGAAGGUUUUUAUUGUGUAAACUGUGACUUGUGUUCAUUAAUUAUUAUUUGAUCCAUUUUUGACCAGUUAAAGUUUGAUGACUUCUAUGCACUAUUUGUUUGCGUGGCCUAUAUUUUGCUGAUUAUUUCAUUUUGUUUUGAUAUUUUAUGUUCCUUUACCAUUUCAGAGAAAAAGGCUUUAAAAUUAGCUUUGUUUUUAUGUGACACGAAGUUAGUUUUACGAAUUCCAUAUUAUUUAAAAAAGCAUCUACUCUUAUUUUUUUUAUUAAUUGUUAAAAUUAUAUUAUUUAUUUUGCCCAACUUUAAAAAAUAGAAUUCU